GCCGCUGGGUUGUGUAGUCAGCUGCAUCCGGCAUGAUGGCGGCGGCGAGGAUGUUGAGGCGCGGCCAGAGCCGCGCUACCGGGGUUGGGUCUUGGGGCAAUGGGGAGGAGCCCGCGCCGCCAGGGAACCAGGAGGUGGCUGCAGAAAGUAGAAAAAGCCACAGACCUGUGAAGCGACAGCGGAAGGCACAGAGACUGCAUGUGGCCUAUGAGGACUCGCAUGGUGAGAAAAGUGAGGGGGCUGAGCCCCUUGCUGUGACAGUUUGGGAGCCCCAGGACUGGUGUCAGCAGCUAGCCAAUAUCCGCACCAUGAGGAACAGGAAGGAUGCACCUGUGGACCAGCUGGGGGCUGAGCACUGCUGUGACCCCAGUGCACCCCCAAAGCAGGUGCAGAGGUACCAGGUGCUGCUGGCCCUGAUGCUUUCCAGCCAGACCAAAGACCAGGUGACAGCGGGUGCCAUGCAGCGACUGCGGGCCCAGGGCCUGACAGUAAACCGCAUCCUGCAGACAGAUGACAACACGCUGGGCAAGCUCAUCUACCCUGUGGGCUUCUGGAGGGUGAGCCUAGCCCAUGGUGAUAGGGCUGGGGUGACACUUGCCUGGCAGAGACACAGGAGGCAAAGAAGCAAGGUAAAGUUCAUCAAGCAGACAAGUGCCAUCCUACAGCAGCGCUACGAUGGGGACAUCCCAGCCUCUCUGGCAGAGCUGGUGGCACUGCCAGGUGUCGGGCCCAAGAUGGCACACUUAGCGAUGGCUGUGGCCUGGGGCACAGUGUCGGGCAUAGCAGUGGACACACACGUGCAUAGAAUUGCAAAUCGACUGAGGUGGACCAGGAGAAUGACCAAAUCCCCAGAGGAGACCCGAGCUGCCCUAGAGGAGUGGCUGCCCAGGGAGCUGUGGCAUGAGAUCAACGGGCUGUUGGUGGGCUUUGGCCAGCAGAUCUGCCUGCCCAUCCACCCUCGCUGUCAGGCCUGCCUCAAUCAGGCCCUUUGCCCUGCUGCCCAGAGCCUCUAAGGGCUGUGGGGCUUCAGCUUGGGUCCUGGCUGUUACCUAUGAAGUACCUUUGUGUUUGGGCGGGGGGGGGCGCGGGGGGCGGGUCACAACCUGUACAAUAAAGCUUGGGGGUUCUUUGCAGUUGAGGUCUGGCUGACUUCUAUCCCCAGGGUCUGGGAGCAGUCAGGAAGCACAUGUGUAUACUGUUCAUGGGUGUUGGGCUGAUUCCCUAGGAGGCUGGGGAAUAUAAUAGUCCUUGCUGUGUACUCAGGGAGGGAGGAAAUAGUGAUAGCCAGCUGCACCCAGCUGCUGGGAAGCCUACAGUCAGUCUCUGACUUAUGAAUAUUCGAGUUGUGAACUCUGACAGGAAUAGACCUCCCAUUACAUUCAUAGAUACAAACAGAUAUGGAAGUAGCUCACAUGCCUACCUUUGUACUGUACUGUACCAUUUUAAGGUAUCUGUAAAAGUAAAAAUAGUUUAUUUACAGUA